AAAAAUAGCCUGCUAGUUACAGAUUGAAACUGAUAAUGGCGUCGUUAAUACCAAAAACAUGUCGAUUUCUACGCCUUUAUCAGCAGCAGAUGAGGAUUCCUGCACAGGUGAUAGCUUCAAAGCAGAUUAGAAAUCUACAUUAUUCGGCCAAAAGAUGUCAAGAGUUUGCUAUCGAUGAUGACACGCCACAGUACCCUGGCUCAAAGUCUGUGUUCACCGAGAAGCUUGACUUUCUCAAACCAGACGAGUAUGAUGGGAUCCCAGUCUACCGAGUCAUGAGUCGAGAUGGAGAGGUCAUUGACCCUGACCAAGACCCUGGGUUGGAUAAGGACAUGGUUGUGAAGAUGUAUAAGACAAUGACCACCCUAAACACCAUGGAUAAGAUUCUGUAUGAAUCUCAGAGACAGGGGAGAAUAUCAUUCUACAUGACCAACUAUGGUGAAGAAGGAACUCACGUUGGAAGUGCUGCUGCCCUCAAUGACAAGGAUAUUGUUUUUGGUCAAUACAGAGAGGCAGGUGUAAUUCUCUGGAGAGGAUUUUCAUUGGAGAAAGCCAUGAACCAAUGCUAUGGGAACUGUAAUGAUCUAGCCAAGGGUCGUCAGAUGCCUGUGCACUACGGCUCAAAAGAACAUCAUUUCAUGACAAUUUCAUCACCUCUUGCCACACAGAUGCCCCAUGCAUCUGGAGCAGCUUACGCUUUGAAGAGAGCAGGUCGUGACCUUUGUGUUAUGUGUUAUUUUGGUGAUGGAGCUGCCAGUGAAGGUGACGCUCAUGCUGCUUUCAACUUUGCUGCUACACUAGAUGCUCCAGUUAUAUUCUUCUGUCGUAAUAAUGGUUAUGCUAUUUCAACACCCACUGCUGAGCAGUAUAGAGGGGAUGGCAUUGCCAUCCGUGGACCAGCCUAUGGCAUGAACACCAUCAGGGUAGAUGGUAAUGAUGUCUUUGCUGUCUACAAUGCUACCAAGGCAGCAAGGAAGAUAGCCGUAGAAGAGAGUAAACCUGUCCUAAUUGAAGCCAUGACUUACAGGAUAGGACAUCACAGCACCAGUGAUGAUUCCUCUGCGUACCGAUCUGUUGAUGAGGUACGGUACUGGGACAGUGAGGAUCACCCAAUAGGUCGUCUCAGGAGGUACAUGAUGCAGAAGGAAUGGUGGGAUAUUGAUACAGAGAAGGCAUGGAUGGCAGAAACAAAGAAGGAUGUACUGCAAGAGUUUCAAGCAGCGGAGAAGCUGAAGAAGCCCUCCCCAAACCACAUGCUGACAGAUGUCUAUGAGGAGAUGCCUGUCCAUCUCCAGAGACAGAUGGAUGAGAUGAAGAAACACGUGGAGAAACACAAGGAGCAUUAUCCUUUAGAUCAGUUUGAAGAAAUGAAAUGAGAUGGGAGUAAUAUAUAGAUUGGUUUAAUGGUUAGUUAUUUUAUGCCUCUGCUCUCUCACCCCACUGUUUUGUAGUUCCUCUACCAGUGCCCCCCCCCCCCCCCCCCCCCCCUCUUGGUAUUUUAGGGUUCCAUUGCCAGUGGUGUUCUUGAGUCGGGGUUGCUCCCCCAGUGGUUGCCUAAGGAUUGUAUGAAAAAUAUGUCCUAGGUUUUUUAACUUCAGGGUUAGGAGAAGUGCAGAAAGUAAUUAAUGGUUCGUAGGAGUUUUUUUUAGUUAUUUAGUAUGUGGGUUCGGUUUUGAGGGAAACGCAACAUCAAGUUUCAGUGGUAACAAUUUAAUUUUUGCCUAUUUCCUGCUGUUCUUGGCUUCCUUACUAUAGGUUUAGUGUAAGUCGUGGAAGGUGUGGUGAAAGUAAUAAAUGACACAUAAAUUCAUUUAUUAGUUAUAUGGAUGUGGUUCUUGAGGGAGGGACAACAUCACUUGUCUUCCUCAUAAAUGUCUCCAUCAGUAUCCAUUGUUUAAAAGUUUGGAAUGUUGUAUUCAUGUCAAGAAAACAGUUCAGUUUCAAU